UCCAAAACUUUAAAGGAAAAAAACAAUAAAUGGGGAUUUAAAAAAAAAAAAAAAUCAUCAUAGUUGGUUUGGUUGCUAGUUUGUUAUCCAGAGAAAACAGAACAGGCUAAGGAAGAAACAGCAAUGGCUACACUGCCAUCACCAACCUCAUCUCCACAGCUCACCACGCCCUUCCGUUCCCCAUCCCCGCGGACUCUCUCCCGCGAACCAAAAUCUCUUCUCUGUUUCAGAACACGAGCCACCGACCCCCAAUCCUCCUCCACCUCGGAGCAGGAACCUGCCAAACCAGAAUCUUCAGCCGACGAGGACCCCUUCGACACCCGCCUCUCCCAAGUGCGUCUCCGCUACCGUACUGGCUCCGGCAAGAAGGCGGAGAAACGGAAGUCUAAGAAAACUGGGUCUACCAGCGGACCCGGCUCCUCCAUGUACCUCCCGCCUGUGCCCUUGAAAGAACCCAUUUCAGGCGGGUUGAAAGUGGACUUCGGGUUUAGCCCCUACAGCGAGAGGAUAAACGGGCGGAUUGCGAUUCUUGGGUUGACGGCGCUGCUUUUGGUUGAACUAGCAACGGGUAAGAGCCUGAUUAAUUAUCACACCCCCGCCAUUGUUUUGAUUCAGGUGUAUUUUGUUACUGCGGUUACUGCUCUGUAUGUGAAGUAUGAGAAAGAAAAGGUUAGUGUUUGGCCUGAUUCUUCACCAAAGAAUUGAAUUUGUAAUAUGUUUUGUUAUAUCCAUACCGCUGUAUGAACUUAUAUGCUUGGUUUUAUGAAAAAAAGAAAAUUUACAAUUCCUUUUCUGCUUUAGUUAUGAAGAAUGACAUUUUUCUGGAAGUCGUCUAUGUUUUCUGCUUUAGAUUUUUUAGUUGUUUUUUCAAUUUCUGUGAAAAUUGAGGAGAUACUACUCAACAUAAUGAAGGCAUACAUAUGAAGCAUGUACAAAGCAUUAUUCUUUUUAGCAACAACAAAAUCAGAGACAGCAAUAGUGGCAGUGCUGUUUUUUCUGCUCAGCUCUGCCUUGAUUUUUUCGAGGUUGAUACCUUCUGAAGGAUUAGGAUGUCCACGUGCAGCAUCUUCAAUUGAAGACUGGUUAUAGGUUGAAGCUGGCACAGCUGCACCUUGUCUUUGAAGAGGUGGAUAUCUCUCCAGAGCAGUAGGAUGCCUCAUGUGUAAUAUCUAUGACCUAAGGCUUAUUAUUCAAAACCAAUACUGUAAAGCAUGAUGAAUUUUGGAGAAACGGUUCCUUAAUGAUGACUGCUGGCAGCUGGGAAGGGGAUAAUAUGGGUUACUUCACAACACAUAUAUACAAAGUAAUAUUCUUUUCAGCAAAUACCUGAAUCAAAGGCAGUUACACGAUUUCUUACGAGGCUGUGGAUUAUUGAUUGCUGCUGGUGCAGCUUGUCCUGCUUUUUUCAGAGGUGGAUACCCCUCUGGAGGAGUGGGACACCUAAGUGGUGCACUAUCUUCAACUGAGGACUUAUUAUAGAUUGCAGCUGGUGCUUCUUGUCCUACUUUUUUCAGAGGUGGAUACCCCUCCGGAGGAGUGGGAUGCCCAUGUGGUGUACUAUCUUCAACUGAGGGCUUAUUAUAGAUUGCAGCUGGCACAUCUUGUCCUGGUUUUU